AUGGGCAAAAAACGAAAGCACCAAGACUCGGAAACAGAGGAGCCGAGAAAAAAGGCUAAAACUGAGGAAAUUGAAACGAAUGGUGUGGCCGAUCUAACAAUCAACGGAACCGGCGAUAUCAAGAUUUUCUUGAUCAAAAAACCAAUUGGAGUCAGUUUAGAAGAUUUGGAGGCGUUGAAGUGGUCGGGUGAUGAUGAGAUUCUGGCGAAAUCGAAAAUUAAGACUGAAACCGGAGUUUUUCGUGCACUCGUUGCUCCAAAAACCAAAAAAGAGCGGAUGGUGCAUAUUCCGGCGAUCAGGGAACGAGAGGACACGGAUUCUAAGAAUAUUAAAGCUCAAAACUUUGUCCACGGCUCAAUCACAAUCCUCCCUCAAGAAGUUAAAUCAAAAUACCUAGGCGGUUCGAUCUAUGAAGAAGGAGAGGAACCUGUGGAAGGAACCGCCACCGAAGUUCAUCCAGGACUUCGAAAAAUCAAAAAAGACGCCAUUUUGGAUCUAUCGACCCGCCAACAGAGGAACAAAGCAUCUCCCAGAAUGGAAGUAGACGGAUGCGAUGAAGAAGAUCUCAGCAUUCAUAGUAAAAUCAAAAAGCCCGAAUUCUUUUCCGACGAAGAAGACGAAGACGAUGGCACAGAAGAUCAAGUGUUAUGGGAGAAGAACGUAGUCGUUUGCACUUCUGCACCCAACACUGAAAUGUUCUGCGUCUCUUAUCCAUCGAGUAAACGGGAUGCUUGGGAUGGAAAACGGUUUCCCAUGGCGAGAUAUAAGAAGAAUGUUCGAUUUCUCGAAAUGCGUUUCCUGACUGACACUUCCACUGGAUCGUAUGACAAGAAGAAGGCUGAAUUGAUGUUGUAUGAGGGCGGCGAGUCGAAGAAAGCGGGUGCCUCAGCAGCACCGGGGAUCGAAGCUCUCCGCGCCAACGAUGAAGUCUACGAAGGCCGUGCGUUCGUCCACGACCAUCCGAUAGUCAAUGCGAUUGGAUUCAUGAAAAACGGAGAGUUCUUCAUUCAUCCACUCACCGGUUCCUUCGAAAUGCAUCGAUCAAUUCGAGCUCUCAACCGAAAGAAGAAGUUGGGAAAAGGUGGAAAUUCAGAAGACGAGUCGACAGAAGACGAUGAGGAGGUAGAUCCACGGAAAGCUGCCACUUCUGGAGCAGUCCGUGUGAAAUUCUCUCGCCCAGAGACGGAGAGACAAAAGAAACGACGAGAAGCGUCGGCAUUGCAUCGAGAGAAACAGAUUGCCAGUGAUUUAUGGAUUCCGAUGAAAGUGCACUUGAAGGAAGACGAGCCGGUGAAUGUGAAGAAGGCGAUAAUCAGCACAGGGAGUACUGUGAAAGGAGAGGAAUCUGGGGUGACGGAGGUCGGACCACCUCCUGAGAUGAAUAUUCGAGAACUGGUGAAUCGAGCGAUUAUUUGUGGGAUGAAGGAGGAACUUGUAAUCGAAUCAGGGAAAGAGCAUAUGCUAUCGAAACAACGAAUCGACGAACUCUCCUCCCCUGAACUUCAAUUAAAGGCGCAUAUGGUCAAAUCGCAUGUAAUGAAAACUUCCGAAAUGCGUCGUCUAAUUGAUUCGAGGGGAAUGAGUACUGAUGUGAUGAUUGAGCAGUUGAAACAGUGUUCUCGACUGGUUAACGGAGUUUGGGUGCUCGACUCGAAUUUGAUGUUCCAGAACUUGCCACCAGCGCAUUCUAAUACUGCCGGAAAGACGGAUCUCUACCGUGCGGAGCUCUGGCGUAACGCCCGUGACCUUGCUCUCAGUCUAAUUGAUGGCGGUCAUCGUGUCACUCGACUAUCCCUCAUGACAUGUUUCCAGCUGAACGAACGGGACGCCGACGAGAUUCUGUCGACGUUCGGUGUUCGAUGUGAGAAAACGAGAUCGUGGAAACUCCGAAUCGAGCGGGACGAUGAGUUUUUGAAAGACCCAGCAAUGAAGAAGCACGUGAUCGCUGAGAAAAUGAAGUGGAUUAAUACAUUCAAUGAACUCGAAAAAUCGUUCCACGCUCCGCCUCCAAAACCGUCUACUAAGAAGAAAUAA